GCCGCCCCCCGCCUCCCCGCGCUGGCGCCCCCCGGCCCGGCGCUGGGCUCCGGAGCCAUGGCCUUCACCUUCGCCGCUUUCUGCUACAUGCUCACCCUGGUGCUCUGCGCCUCCCUCAUCUUCUUUGUCAUCUGGCACAUCAUUGCCUUCGAUGAGCUGAGGACAGACUUCAAGAACCCAAUCGAUCAAGGCAACCCCGCCAGGGCCCGAGAGCGAUUGAAAAACAUCGAGCGGAUCUGCUGCCUCUUACGGAAGCUGGUGGUCCCCGAGUACUCCAUCCACGGCCUCUUCUGCCUGAUGUUCCUGUGCGCGGCCGAGUGGGUCACGUUGGGCCUCAACAUCCCCCUCCUCUUCUACCACCUCUGGAGGUACUUCCACCGCCCGGCCGACGGCUCCGAGGUCAUGUACGACGCCGUGUCCAUCAUGAACGCCGACAUCCUCAACUACUGCCAGAAGGAGUCCUGGUGCAAACUUGCCUUCUACCUGCUCUCCUUCUUCUAUUACCUGUACAGUAUGGUUUAUACGUUGGUGAGUUUCUAAAGGGGGAAGCCGGCCAGGGAGUGAACCCCAAGAACAGACCGGACGCCUGUGUACCCCUGUCCCCUCACCCCCGUUUUGGGCAGCAGAGAGCACCCCCCUCACCCCCCCUCGAUCGCUGUGACACUUCUGACCCCAAGGGGUGGAAGGAGGCAGCCCUCCCCUCCAGCCCACCCCCCAGAUCCUCUCUUCUGCUGCUGCUGCGGGGGCGGCUCUGUUCUCACUACCUGAACCUCCCUCCCCUGCAGCUGCUAAGACUGAAGCAGGGGAGAGGGGUCCUGUGGUCCUUAUCCCUUCCCCGGGGGGGACUAAGGGCAGGGGGAGAGGAUCGCCCCCCACCCCUAGUGCAGCCCCAGGGCUGGGGUGGACGGGAGGAAGCCAAUGGGAUGAUUGGAUUUAAAGAUGUGACUGUGAAGCUCCCCUUUUCCCCUCCCCCCCCCCCAUUCUGGCAUUCCCCGCUCUCCCCCUUUCUCUUCCUUCCUGGCCCAGCCCGGUCCCCUGCUGUCCCCCGUUUUCUAUGUCGCUGGGGGGGGGUCUCUCCAGCUCUCCGGGGCCCCGGAGAACUUCGUGUGUAAAGGAUCUCUCGGCCCCACCCCCGGCCAUUUGUGACUGAAUAAAUAAUUGCAAACA